GUUUAUGUUUAUUUUCGUUUAUCAACAUUGCUGUAGUUUGCAGCAAUGUCCACCAAACAAACUGUUUUACACUGGUUCCGGAAGGGGCUCAGGGUGCACGAUAAUCCCGCAUUGUCGAUAGCAUUCCGGAAGGUUGUAGAUUGUCCUGAUAAGAAUCUCGUUCUUCGUCCGGUGUUUUUCCUAGAUCCGGCCUUACUAAAAUGGCUUCGAGUGGGGCCUAAUCGUUGGCGGUUUCUGCAGCAAUCCUUGGCUGAUUUGGAUACCAAUCUAAGAAAACUCAAUAGCCGGUUAUAUGUCGUUCGUGGAAACCCGGUAGAGUUACUUCCGACACUUUUUCAAGAAUGGAAUGUCUUUUCUCUAACCUACGAGUAUGACAUUGAACCCUACGCUUUGAAGCGCGAUAAAAUUGUGAAUGAACACGCCAUGAAGGCGCGCAUUGAAGUGAUCGUGGAGAAAUCUCAUACUAUUUUCGAUUCAGAGGUGAUUCUCCGAAAGAAUGGUGGCACUCCACCCUUAACCUACGACAAGUUCAAUCGUCUAGCGUUCAGCUGUAAGCUACCAGAACCGGAAGGGGAACCUGAACCAAUGACCAAUUCGUCCAUCCCUGAACAAGACGAACGAGAAAAAGUCGACAAAAAAUGUUACGAUCCUCCAACUUUAGAAGAGCUGGGUGUGCGAGAGAGUUUGGGUGAAUGUAAAUUCCCUGGUGGUGAAACGGAAGGACUUAGACGGUUGCGGGAAUACAUGAAAAAAACUGCUUGGGUUUGUUCUUUCGAGAAACCCAAAACAGCACCAAAUUCUAUACAACCAAGCACGACUGUUCUAAGUCCUUAUGUAAAAUUUGGAUGUCUAAGCUCGCGACUUUUUAUGAAAGAGUUGCAACAGGUUGUUAAAGGACAAAAACAUACUCAGCCACCAGUUUCACUAAUCGGUCAACUAAUGUGGCGUGAGUUCUAUUACUGUGCAGCUGCAGCAGAACCAAAUUUUGAUAAAAUGGUUGGAAACAGCAUGUGCCUGCAAGUUCCUUGGUCUACUAGUAGUGCAGAUCAUUUGGAAGCUUGGACAUUUGGCAGGACCGGAUAUCCGUUUAUCGAUGCCAUCAUGCGUCAGCUACGCCAGGAGGGUUGGAUACAUCAUUUAGCUCGACAUGCUGUGGCAUGCUUUUUAACCCGAGGAGAUUUGUGGAUUUCCUGGGAAGAAGGUCAAAAAGUGUUCGAAGAAUUAUUGCUAGAUGCUGACUGGGCAUUGAAUGCCGGCAACUGGUUGUGGCUUUCAGCGUCCGCAUUUUUUCAUCAGUUUUAUAGAGUAUACAGUCCUGUAGCAUUUGGUAAAAAGACGGAUCCGACCGGGAAUUACAUUCGAAAGUAUGUUCCCGAGCUGGCUCGUUAUCCAGCCGGUAUCAUUUACGAGCCGUGGAAAUCUAACUUGGAACAGCAGCGUAAGCUGGGUUGUGUCAUCGGAAAAGAUUAUCCACAUCGCAUAGUGAUUCACGAAAUCGAAUCCAAGAAGAAUGUUACAAAAAUGUCCAAUGCUUACCGUGAAAAUAGGCUUGCCAAGGAGGCGAAACAGAAAGAAGAAAAAGGUUUACAGUCCACAAGCAAGCGACGGUCGGAUACCGAAUUAACGGGGGAAUCGGUAAAAAAACUCAAGUUGGAACACACUUAACAAACCGAAUAUUUGAAAACUGAUUUUGAUUUGUAUCCAAAUCGUUAUUGUUAAUAAAACCGUUAUGCCUUAAAAGAAUGAAUUAUAAAACAACUUGAA